AUGAAUCGCCAGGGAGGUAAAGCCAAGCCGCUCAAGCAGCCCAAGAAGGACAAGAGGGAGGACGACGAGGACGACGUUGCGUUCAAGCAGAAGCAAAAGGCGGACGAGGCGGCCAGGAAGGCGGCUGCUGCCAAGCUCCAGGGGGGCAAGAAAAAGUAG